AUGUAUUGGGAGGCGAGAUUGGAGGUUCCUUUGAUAGCUAAUAGUAUGCAACGUAAUCAAUUCUAUAAAUUGAGGCAACAUCUCCAUUUUGUUGACAAUCUGGAAAAGCCUAAUAAUAAUGACCGUUUUUGGAAGGUUCGACCACUUUUCGAUUCUAUUCGGAACAAAUGUCUGACCCUUCCUCUAGAACUCAGUCUAAGCAUAGGUGAACAGAUUGUACCAUUCAAAGGUAAGCUGGAUGUAAAACAAUAUGUGAAGGGAAAGCCAUGCCCUUGGGGAAUUAAAAUAUUUGCACUUUGCGGUGCCAGCGGCCUGUUGUACGAUUUCUUAUUGUACCAAGGCUCUACUACUGAAUUAGACGAAACAUUCAAGAAGCAUUUGGGAUUAGGCGCUGCAGUGGUAUGGAAGUUGGCAGAAAGAAUUUCGGAAGAAAAUAUUCAGCUCUAUUACCAUAACUAUUUCUCAAAUUACCAACUUCUUCAAUGUUUGAGACAAAAACAAAUUUGGGCAUCCGGAACAGCACGCUUAGAUCGUUUCAAAGCACCUCUUUUUUCAUCAGAUAAAGUGUUGCAAGCAAAAGGUCGCGGGACGUCUGAGGAACUCAUCAGUGGAGACGGAGAAGUUAUUCUCACCAGAUGGUAUGACAACAAAGCUGUGAAUAUGGCUUCCAAUUUUAUGGGAAUUGGCGAAACAUAUGUCUGCAAAAGGUGGGACAAGAAACAAAAGCAAUAUGUGUAUGUGACAAGACCGAAAGUUGUUCAGCAGUAUAAUUUGAACAUGGGUGGCGUUGAUAAGCUCGAUUUCCUCGUGUCGCUUUACAGGUCAUUCAUACGAACCAAGAAGUGGACCCUAAGGAUGUUCACGCACGGAAUUGAUCUAGCAUGUGUCAACGCAUGGCUUCAAUAUAGGUCAAAGACCACUGCACUAGGUCUGCCGAAAAAACAAAUUUUGGAUUUACUGCAUUUCAGAGCUUAUGUGGGGGAAGCAUUGAUAUUAUUAUCAAAAUCAGGACCAAGGAAAAGGGGGCGACCAUCUGUUGUAACUGAUGGCGAGCCACAAACAGCUAGAUCUUCCACUAGACCAAGACCAGAAGUAAGAACCCUUGACGAUAUUCGUUUUGAUGGAAUGAACCAUCUACCUGAGGUAGAUGAGAAGAGGUAG